GCAGGAUCCUGGGAGGAGUAGAAGCAGAAUUCAGAGGAGGAAACCAAGGCCCAGGAAGGACAAUGGACUCCCAAGGGUGGCAGACUUCUCUAGAAAAGCCCAGAUAUUUAUUCCAACCUCUGGCAGAAAGAAACCUCUGACUCCUGAAGAUUAGAGAGAAAUCAGAAGGCAAGGCCAUGAACAAAUGCCGUGUCCUCUGAUCUGCUUAUCUCUGAGGGAACAAGGGCACCCUCUGUUCCAGGGUCAGAGCUUUCACAGCCCCCCUUGAGGCCCCUCUUGGGGCUGUGUUGUGAAGACUGAGGCCUGACUGGCCUGGUUGAAGACAGGAGCAUCCCCUCCCCAUGGCCUCACUGCUCAGUGGAGCUGGGGUGCAUGAGUGGUAGGACAAGGAAUGGGCAAGGGGUGCUGUAUCUGUCUGGGUGCUCCAGAGGAGAUGCCCAGAGGUCUGGGAGUAACUUACCUGUGCAAUGACAGUCCAGGUGUAGGUAUAACCCCCCAGAGCCUUGGAAUGGGCACAGUCUGUAGAAUAGGACCCCAUGUUGGACACGUAUAAGAAGAGUCUGAAGCCUCUCAUGCCAGCUUCACUGGGGUGUACCGAGGACACGCAGGGAGGGCACUGCCCUAUCACAGGGCCUGUUUCUCCUGUCCAGGAGAGGCUGCUCAUGAGCCUCCUGCCCCGGAACGUUGCUAUGGAGAUGAAGGAGGACUUCCUGAAGCCCCCUGAGAGAAUUUUUCACAAGAUUUACAUCCAGCGGCAUGACAACGUAAGCAUCCUGUUUGCUGACAUCGUGGGCUUCACAGGCCUGGCUUCGCAGUGCACGGCCCAGGAGCUGGUGAAACUCCUCAACGAGCUCUUCGGCAAGUUUGAUGAAUUGGCCACGGAGAACCACUGCCGUCGCAUAAAGAUCCUGGGCGAUUGCUACUACUGUGUGUCGGGCCUGACGCAGCCCAAGGCCGACCAUGCCCACUGCUGUGUGGAGAUGGGCCUGGACAUGAUUGACACCAUCACGUCGGUGGCCGAGGCCACUGAGGUGGACCUGAACAUGCGUGUGGGGCUGCACACCGGCAGGGUUCUCUGUGGGGUCCUGGGCCUGCGCAAGUGGCAAUAUGAUGUAUGGUCUAACGAUGUGACCCUGGCCAAUGUCAUGGAGGCCGCUGGCCUGCCAGGGAAGGUCCACAUCACCAAGACAACCCUGGCAUGCUUGAAUGGUGACUACGAGGUGGAGCCAGGUUGUGGGCAUGAGAGGAACAGCUUUCUGAGGGCCCACAGCAUUGAGACCUUCUUCAUCGUGCCAUCACACCGGCGGAAGAUUUUCCCAGGACUGAUUCUCUCAGACAUAAAACCAGCCAAGAGGAUGAAGUUCAAGACCGUGUGCUACCUGCUCGUGCAGCUCAUGCACUGCCGCAAGAUGUUCAAGGCGGAGAUCCCCUUCUCCAACGUCAUGACCUGCGAGGAUGACGACAAGAGACCCCAUCCUGUAGGGGAAGAUCUCUGCAUCUGUGGCAGGAGGGCCAUGUCCUGGAGCCAGGGUGAAGCCAGGUGCCACAAGACCCGCAGGAGCUUUGAGCCGUGCCAUCCUGUUCUUGGCCUCUGGGACCUAGAGGCUGUUUCCCGGAGAGCAUUGAGAACAGCCUCAGAAAAACUCAGAAACCGCUUGUCUUUCUCUACAAAUGUCGUCUACACCACCCCGGGCACUCGCGUGAACAGGUACAUCGGCCGCCUCCUAGAAGCUCGCCAGACAGAGCUGGAGAUGGCAGACCUGAACUUCUUCACACUGAAGUACAAGCAGGCUGAGCGAGAGCGAAAGUACCACCAGCUUCAGGAUGAGUACUUUACCAGCGCUGUCGUGCUUGCCCUCAUCCUGGCAGCCUCAUUUGGCCUUGUCUACCUGCUGAUAAUCCCACAGAGUGUGGCUGUCCUGCUCCUGCUGGUGUUCUGCAUCUGCUUCCUGGUGUCCUGUGUCCUGUAUCUGCACAUCACUCGGAUCCAGUGUUUUCCAGGGUGCCUGACCAUUCAGAUCCGCACCGUCUUGUGUAUUUUCAUUGUGGUCUUAAUCUACUCUGUGGCCCAAGGAUAUGUGGUGGGCUGCCUGCCCUGGGCCUGGGGCUCCAGUCCCAAUGGGUCCCUGGUGGUCCUGACAUCCCGGGGCUGGAGUCCGGCACUACCCACCAUGCCCUGCGAGUCUGCACCCCAUGCCCUGCUCUGUGGACUCGUGGGCACCCUCCCGCUAGCCAUAUUCUUGCGGGUCUCCUCCUUGCCAAAGAUGAUUCUGCUGUGCAUGCUCACCACAUCCUACAUCCUGGUCUUGGAGCUCAGCGGGUACACCCAGGCUAUGGGGGGUGGUGCCAUGUCCAGGCGCAGCUUCGAGCCAAUCAUGGCCAUCCUGCUGUUCUCAUGCACGCUGGCCCUGCACGCCCGGCAGGUGGAUGUCAAGCUGCGGCUGGACUACCUCUGGGCAGCACAGGCAGAGGAGGAGCGAGAGGACAUGGAGAAGGUGAAACUGGACAACAAGAGGAUCCUGUUCAACCUGCUGCCAGCCCAUGUUGCCCAGCACUUCCUCAUGUCCAACCCCCGGAACAUGGACCUGUACUACCAGUCAUACUCACAGGUGGGGGUCAUGUUCGCCUCCAUCCCUAACUUUGAUGACUUCUACAUCGAGCUGGAUGGCAACAACAUGGGUGUCGAGUGUCUGCGCCUCCUCAAUGAGAUCAUUGCUGACUUUGAUGAGCUCAUGGACAAAGACUUUUACAAGGACCUGGAGAAGAUCAAGACCAUUGGGAGCACCUACAUGGCUGCUGUGGGGCUGGUGCCCACAGCCGGAACCAAGGGUCCCCUAGCCUCGUCCCCUGCUCCAGAGCAUUGGUGCUCAGCCUGGCUCCUUGGUGCUGGACUCAUGCUGAAGGCAGAGGAGGAGCGAGAGGACAUGGAGAAGGUGAAACUGGACAACAAGAGGAUCCUGUUCAACCUGCUGCCAGCCCAUGUUGCCCAGCACUUCCUCAUGUCCAACCCCCGGAACAUGGACCUGUACUACCAGUCAUACUCACAGGUGGGGGUCAUGUUCGCCUCCAUCCCUAACUUUGAUGACUUCUACAUCGAGCUGGAUGGCAACAACAUGGGUGUCGAGUGUCUGCGCCUCCUCAAUGAGAUCAUUGCUGACUUUGAUGAGCUCAUGGACAAAGACUUUUACAAGGACCUGGAGAAGAUCAAGACCAUUGGGAGCACCUACAUGGCUGCUGUGGGGCUGGUGCCCACAGCCGGAACCAAGGCUAAGAAGUGCAUCUCCUCCCACCUCAGCACGCUGGCGGACUUUGCUAUUGAGAUGUUUGACGUCCUGGAUGAGAUCAACUACCAGUCCUACAACGACUUUGUGCUCCGUGUGGGCAUCAAUGUUGGACCCGUGGUGGCUGGGGUGAUCGGGGCUCGCAGGCCACAGUAUGACAUCUGGGGAAACACAGUCAACGUCGCCAGUCGGAUGGACAGCACUGGAGUCCAGGGCAGAAUCCAGGUGACUGAGGACGUCCACCGGCUGCUGUGCAGAGGGGCAUACCACUUCGUGUGCCGGGGGAAAGUCAGUGUCAAGGGCAAGGGCGAGAUGCUGACCUACUUCCUGGAGGGCAGGAUCGACGGGAACAACUCCCAAACCAGGGCCAUUGACGCCAAGCGGAAACUGUGUCCUUACGGAAGAGGCAGCCUCCAGUCCCAAGUGGCCAUGGGCCGGCCCCCAGUGUCCCCUGCAGCUGGCCUUCCAGUCAGAGCUGGCCUGGGGGCUCUGCAGGGCUCAGGGCUUGCUCCCCCAACCCCCAGCCAGCACCUACCCCCUGGAGCAGCUGGAAAGGAGGCUUAGCGGAGCCCAUGCUAGCCACUGGGGGCACAGGGCAGAAUGCUCAGGGCCUUGGGGCUCAGGCAGGGACCAGCCCAGCCAGCAGAGCAGAGCCAGCAGAGCGGAGCCAGGGCCCGGGAGCCAGGAUGGGGAAGGGGCUGUGCAACCGUGACCUGAAGCAACUGAGCAGUGACCCAGGUGAGGGAGAACCUGCCAACAGGAUGCUGCGGCUCUCCUAGGAGCUGUGGCUGCUCUCACCUUUCCUUGGCAGCAGAGGGGCAGCUGCCUGGGACUGGCUGGAUAGGCCUAAGAAAAGGAGCUUCAAAACAUCCUCUAGGGCUGCAGGAGAACCAUGCAGGUCUGGCCCACAGAUCGUGCCCUGAGUUGGAGCUGCAUCAGCCCCAUGGUGCUGGGUCCUGCACAGGCAGCUCCUGCAGGAGCCCCAAGUGGGAGUCAGGCCUGGCCAGGCAGGGCCUCGGGGGCUGGGACCACACCCUAUCCUGGCUGGGUCUGAGGCAGGAGGACUGGACAGCAUGCAGUGCAGCCCCAUCUCACCACACAGAUGGCAGUGAUGCUGGCUUUCUUCAAGAGUGGCGUUUUGCAGAUAGCCAGAGGCUGGCCUGGCUUCUUGGGGGCCCUGCAGCCUCAUCUCUCUCACAACCAGCAUUAUUCCCCUUCUGCCAGAGUGUCGCCCCCACCCUGCCUGUGAGCAUGGGUUUCCAUGAGCCCUGGACCUUCCCCUUCUCUGCCCGCAGUGGGUUGCUGGAGGGAAAAGAGGUGUAGGCACCAUCUCUUACCAGUGCCACAGCAACUGGGGGCCUGUGUGUGGAGCAACAGCACAAGGCUGCAUUGGUUUUGAAACCAGUGAAUCAGACCAUGAGAAAGCUUCCUGAGCAGCACACGUUGCUUCUCUGCCAGCACCAGCCCCUACGUGGUGUUUCUAGUUUGUUUAUGGCCAUCCAGCCAGUGUCCCUGCUUCUGUCUGCAGGAAGUGACUUCAGGCAACUCUGUGGCCAUCCAGGAGUCACCCUCAUGGGCUUCUCCACAGUUACUUCACCGCUGGAGAGCCAGGACAUGCUGGGGGCACAUGGAGGCCUCAGAUUUCCACCGAGGGAUGAGGCAGCUUGAA